AUGCUGGUGACCUAUUUGGAAGCCAGCCGGGACCUUUGCGAGACGGACUCAAUUCUUUUUGGCGCCGCACUGGCAGUAUGCCGUAUUAUUGGCGCCAAACUUCCCAUGGCUGGACGUGCUACUCAACAAGGUAGUGCCAUCCCAGCCUGGAGAAAAAGGAUCGAGGACCGUAUCGCAAAGGCAAGGGCCCUUAUCGGCAGACUGACAAGCUUCAGGUCGGGUAAUAAUAGACCGAGAGUUAUGCGCACCGAUAGAAUGGCGUUUGCUGGGACAAAUAUUAUUUUGUCCGAGCCGGAUAUCACGCAGAAACUAACGGAGUGCAUACAUGACCUGAAGCAAAAAAUCGCUGUUUGGGGGAAGCGGAUUCGACGAUUUAGCGAGAGGUCAAGGCGGUUCAACCAGAAUCGUCUCUUCCAGAGUGAUCAGAAGAGGCUCUAUAAAUCAUUGGAGCGACCAGAGGUAUGUGGAGCGGGCCCAGGACCGGAUCAGGCUGACACUGUCGCAUUUUGGCGUGGCCUGUGGUCAGAGCCCGUAAACCACAGCGAGGGCCCUUGGAUGGAAGUUGUAGCGAGCCAGAGUGCAAGUGUUACGCCUAUGGACCCCGUCACCAUAACGCCUGAAGACAUGGCUGAGGCGGUCCGUAGGGCCCCGAACUGGAAAAGUCCGGGUUUCGACGGGCUGCAUCAUUACUGGCUGAAGGGGUUCGUAGUGUGUCACGCUGUGCUCGCCCGACAGUAUCAAGAGGCUCUCGAUCAGAAGUCGCUCCCGAGCCUCUUCACUACUGGGAUCACUCACUUGGUUCCUAAAGAUCAGGAUACAACAGACCCGAGCGAGUACCGCCCCAUCACACUGUUGGAUGUUUGCCCAAUAGAUUAUUAUGUGACUCGUAAAGUAUCACAGAUGCAGCGUCUGUUCGAAGUAAGACAUGAUUGA